UGACGCAGUUUGUCGGAACAGGCACAAAACAAGUGGUGACAAAGCAACUUUCAGUUGCGCUGCAGUGUUAAAUACAGUGGGUGUGGACAGCUUGGCAGGAAAGGGAUACAAAAACCAGAGCAUUCGCUGAGGAUUUGAAGCAGACGGGACUUUUUUCUGUGAGUACAGUGCUUUUGUGCUAAGCUUGACCUCAGUGGUAACCUUUUCUCAAUUGUUGCGUCUGCAUACAAACAUCAGCUUACAGUAGUCAACAUUUGAAGUGGAUCAUAAAAGUCUUUCAAAAUUAGAUAUUGUUCGAUGGUUUUAGGACAACUUUGGAUGAAAGAACUUCAGAUGUUGAUUACUGUAUUUUGAAAUGGAAACAUGAAGGCAAAUUGGCAUCAGCAGGCAUAAGUAAUAUCUUCAGACCAGCUUCUUUCAGAGUAUAAACCUCUUACCUCAAGGGUCCUUCGUCCAACUGAAGUCAUGUUUUGAGAGUGGUUUCCACCAUGCCUGCUGAAGAUGUUCCAGGUCGUGGUGAACGGAGAAGGUUGUCGUGGCUGUUUUUGGUGCUGGUCGCCGCUGCCAUCACCUCUUCUUCUCUGUCUGUGAUCUCCCUUUACCAUGUGCUGGCACUGAAGGCCGAGGUGGAGGGUUUGAGGGCAGAAGUGGCUCGCAAGAGAGAAGAGCAAAGCAGGAUGCUGGAUGAACCUGUGAACGGGGCAGAGAAACAAACUCAUCCGGAGGAAGGAGGAGAUAGUAUUGAGUAUCUGCAGCAGGCUGAUAUGGGCGAUACCACAACAGACCGUACUGUCAUGCCAAAAAGGAGCUUGAGUCAUGCGCCAAACAAAGCAGAACCUCAGCCCUGCUUACAGAUGAUGGCAGACAACAGGAAGAAAACCUUCCAAAAAGAGUUUGCUUUUGACUAUUGCACAGCCAUCCCGUGGCAGGUGGGUCUAAAGCGUGGCUCCGCUCUGGAGGAAGAGCAGGGCACCAUUUUAGUCAAAGAGGAAGGCUUCUUCUUCAUCUACAGCCAGCUCUCCUUUUCCCAGGUCUACUAUACAGACCCUACGUUUGCCAUGGGCCACAUUGUGAUCCGCAUAAAGAAGAACGUGGUCGGCGAUGAAAGUCAGCAUGUGGUUCUGUUCCGCUGCAUUCAGAGCAUGAAUCGAGUCAAUCACUUCAACACCUGCUACACUGGAGGCGUAGUGAAGCUGGACUGCGGGGACAGACUGGAUCUUCUGAUACCUCGUGCCCAUGCAAAUAUCUCUCUGGAAGGGGACGCCACGUUUUUAGGAGCAAUAAAACUGGCCUGAAUGUAAGACGGGGUUUUGGAUCAGACUUUGAAUGAGACUGGAUAUGGUUCAGUGGCACUUCAUCAAAUGUGCUCAAAAUUAACAAUUCCUUGAUGUUAAAGAGAUAGCUCACAUAAAAAAUGAAAAUGUACUCACCCUCAAGUGGUUCCAAACCUUUUCUUUCUUCUGUUGAACACAGAGGUUAUUUUAAAGAAAGCUGAAAACCUGUAACUGGGAAAAACAAGUCAGCGGUUUUCAGAAUUUUUCAAAGUAUCUCCUUUUGUGUUUUAACAGAAAAAGAAACUCAUAAAGAUUUGAAUCAAGUAAAGGAUGAGUAAAUGAUAACAGAAUAUUUAUUUUUGGGGUGAAUUGUCUUUUUAAACCCAGUCUUUUUCAUCUCUUAUACAAAUAUAUUAACUUGAUCUGCCAUAAACAUUUCCUUGUUUGUCAGAUUUUCUUAAUCUAGUCAGUUAAAAAUCAAGUAUCCCUCUGUAAAUGUAUCGUGGCACAAUUCAAUGUUAAUUUUAACCUUAUACACAUGUAUUUAAAUCAGUAUGUGCUUUGGUUUGUAAUAAAAUAAGAUUUUAACAAUGUACUUUGACCUUUAUUUUACAUAUUUAAUUUUAUUACAUCAGCACAGUAUGUGUGUGUAUAUACAGCUCGAGGCUGGAUCAUGUAAUGUUAAUGUUUCUACCAGCAGAUGGAGACAAAAGUACACUGUGGGAAAUCUGGAAGACUGGAAAAAUCUAGUAUUUUGCUGCCUUUUCAUUGACGAAGGUAGUUUAUGUUUUUGACAGCCGACUCUCUUAGUGAAACAAUCACUGUAGUGUCAUACGCCUUGUAAUCUUGGUAGUUCAGAUAUAGAGACGGUGUCUCCUAAUAAGAAAUUGUCAGAUCUAUUAUUAGAAGUGGAGAGGUUUUCUUUGCUUUACGUGUGACAUGCUUAUGAGUUUCACGGAUUUUGGUAAUAACAUGUACUGCCAUUAGAGGGCACUGGUCAUCAGAACAGAUUUUAUACAGUAUG